UGGCAACGGUCGAACGGCUGGUCCUGUCUUGGUCAGGAUCAGGCCUCGACAACUGUGGAAGGGACACACGCCAUAAUCCAUCAGAACUUGAGAAGACCAGGCAGGAGCUCAGUGAGAAAAAAAAAGUUUAUUCCAUAUCGUUCGUCCGCACCUCUCACUUCUCGAACUGCUGUGAUUUUCGCUUACCUUUCAUCUUUCAUGUCUUAAUAAUACUUCUCAAGAUACCGUUUCUUUAUCAUCAUCACCAUCCCUGCUCUAUUUUACUUGCCAAUGGGCUCCAAUGUUCUUUCUCAGGUGUCUUUGAUUAAUUUUCCGGUGUUGUUUGUGGUUCCAAAGAACCCCACUCAUUGGGGUCCGAAGAGGCCAGGAUAUUCUUCUUUCUUCCGUCCCUCCGAGCUCAAUUCAUUCGCAACUGAACUUUCUAGGGUUUCAUCCAAUUCUAUCCACUCCAGCCUUUCAAAGCGCGGAAAGCAACCUUUUGUUGUUAGAGCUGAUGAAGAGGGAGUGGAUGAAGUUUCUGAAGCUCCUAUUGCAGAGGAGGCUGCACCCGAAUCUGGGUCAGAAACUGAGUCAGAGUCUCAAAUGGAUGCCGCCGCAAAAGAGGAAAAGCCUCCCAGGAAGCCUCGGAUUAAGCUCGGAGAUAUAAUGGGGGUAUUAUAUUUUUUCUCCAUUUUUCCUUUCAUAGGCUGUUUGGCUUAUUUUGAUUGGUGAGAAAGCCGAACAUACACAUGAAAAUUCAAUGAAAUGGCAUAAUGAGAAUUUUUUAGUUUUGGAAAGACAUAUAAAUCUUAUAAUUUCAUACUCUAUUAGAUUAACUAAGGGGCGUUUGGAACUGAUUUUGCUUCUACUUCUCUAAAGCAGAAUCAGAAUCAAUUUUCAGAAGCGGGUCACUUUCAGUUUCUAAAAAUUGAUUGUAGGAGUAAAAAAGAGUAACAAAAUCACUUCCGCACUUUCAUCCAAACACUCUAGCUUCUGCUUUUGCUCCCUGAGAGAGCACAAGCAGUUUUAAGAAUCAGAUCCGAACACCCCUAAAUCUGAUCUAAUCAAGACCAAUUCAAGGAACUUAAAAUUGGCACGUUGGAGGAGAAGGGCAGUAAUUUGAUGAAGGGUUUUACUUUGUCUUAGUAGAUAUUGAACAAGAAAGCAGUUGAAGCAGCUGAUACUGAAAGGCAUGUACCGGAUCUUAGGACUGGUGAUAUUGUAGAGAUCAAGCUGGAAGUUCCAGAAAACAGGAAGAGAUUGUCUGUUUAUAAAGGUAUAGUCAUGUCAAAGCAAAAUGCUGGUAUUCACACUACCAUUCGGAUUCGGAGGAUCAUUGCUGGUGUUGGGGUUGAGAUUGUGUUCCCUAUAUAUUCACCAAACAUCAAAGAGAUCAAGGUAGUAAAACACCGUAAAGUGAGGCGGGCAAGGUUGUACUAUUUGCGAGACAAACUUCCAAGGCUUUCCACUUUCAAGUGAAGUCUUCAUUGAAUUUAUGCUUUGUUUAUGUGUGGAUGUAUCUUUACUCUUUUCCCUCUUUGGUAUCCGGAUCUGUAAUGUUUGCUCAAUACUAUGGUAGGGGAUAAAAAAGAGUUGGUGUCAAUUUUUGUCUUCAGAUAUGCUAUUGUGUUUGUCCUCUUGUAUCAAAUUAACAGUGUUUGAGUUUGUUUUUAGUCUUUUUACUUAUAAGAAAUUAUUUAUUUAGAGAUUAUAUAAAUCCGCAUAGAUAUUGAAA